CGGCGGCCGCCAUGGCGACCUACGUGAGCGAGCUGGAGGCGGCCAAGAAGAGCCUGAGCGAGGCGCUGGGCGAGAACGUGAAGCAGUACUGGGCCAACCUCAAGCUGUGGUUCAAGCAGAAGAUCAGCAAGGAGGAGUUCGACCUGGAGGCGCGGCGGCUGCUCACGCAGGACAACGUCCAUUCUCACAACGAUUUCCUCCUGGCGAUCCUGACCCGAUGCCAGAUCUUGGUUUCUGCACCAGAAGGUGCAGGAUCUCUGCCGUGGCCAGGUGGCUCUGCAGCUAAACCUGGAAAGCCCAAAGGAAAGAAAAAGAUUUCUUCAGUUCGACAAAAAUUUGAUCAUCGGUUCCAGCCUCAGAAUCCAUUAUCCGGAGCCCAGCAGUUUGUGGCGAAGGAUCCUCAGGAGGAUGACGACUUGAAGCUGUGUUCCCAUACUAUGAUGCUUCCUACACGUGGCCAGCUAGAAGGAAGGAUGAUCGUAACUGCUUACGAGCACGGGCUGGACAAUGUCACCGAGGAGGCAGUGACGGCUGUUGUUUACGCCGUGGAGAACCACCUUAAGGAUAUUUUGACGUCUGUAAUCUCCAGGAGAAAAGCCUAUCGGCUGCGAGAUGGCCACUUCAAAUAUGCCUUUGGAAGCAACGUUAACCCUCAGCCCUAUCUGAAGAACAGCGUUGUUGCUUAUAAUAAUUUAAUUGAAUGCCCUCCAACCUGCGUGGCACCUUCUGCUGGUCAGAGCCUGGCUCCCCAGCCCCUGCCCGAUGAUGCUGAGCAGCAAGCAGCCCUGCUCCUGGCGUGCUCUGGAGACACCCUGCCAGCCUCUCUCCCUCCAGUGAACAUGUAUGACCUCUUUGAGGCAUUGCAGGUGCACAAAGAAGUUAUUCCUGCACACACUGUCUACGCUCUGAACAUUGAGAGAAUUGUCAUGAAGCUCUGGCAUCCAAACCAUGAGGAGCUACAGCAAGAUAAAAUUCAUCGCCAGCGCCUGGCAGCAAAAGAGGGUCUCCUGCUCUGCUAGAGCCAGCAGGCAUGUCAGCCCUCGGGUUGCUACGCUGCUGUUCCUUGGACCUGGCACUGGGAUGCUUCUUGCAAACCUGUGUCUGCAUUUCAAGGAAGAUGUAAGUUACAAGUCACCUUUUCCUAUGGAAAUAUGACUGAGGUGUGGUACACUUUCUCCGCUUAAUCGGAGCGGUGCGCCGUGGAGUGCUUGCA